AUGAUUAUAAAUGUUGUUGGGAAUUCACAAACGUUGGAUGAAUCUAUGUAUGAAGUACAAUUAUUAGAAACAUUUGCAAUUCCUACCUCUCUUACUAGAUCCUCACAUGUCUCGAGUUUAAGUAAAACUUCAAACUGA